GUUUUCAGUCCGGUACAACGACAACAACAAUACGCGAAUAAUAUAAUAUAUGUGUAUAAAAGCACUUAUACCUAUAAACCUACUUAUUAUAAUAUAUCUAUAUAUGCUUAUAUACAUAUAAAGCCGGAACUCUGGGGUUGACGACGGCAGACGACGUCCGCCAGUAGACCAGCGAACACCGACAACUACGACUACAACGACAGCUCGGCUUAGUUGUUCAUUGCAUAAUCAACUUACCUCCGGUGAAUCGGUCUGUCUGUUAUUUAAAUAUAUAUAUAUAUUAAAUAACUGCAAAGGUUGUACACGCUCCGUGAAAUGGGAUGCGCCGGGAGCAAUCCUUUGCCGGCUAGCGAUGCGAUGGUGGCGUCGGCCACCACCGACAGCCGCACGGUCACAGCCGACGUGCCGCCGAUGUCCGACGCCGACAAAGCUUGUACGAUCGUCCAGAAAGUGGUUGGCAGCGUCAACAUCGACGACGUCGUCAAAAAGAUCCAAGACGUCGGCGGAAGCAUGGAAAACUUGAUGGAUGAGACUCAAGAAAAGUUCAGUUCAUUAUUUGGAAAAGCAGAACAACAAGUUGAAGAUGUAGAAAAAUCAGUAGAAGAAAAAGUAAACGAUGUUACUUCAAAUAUGCCAGAAAAACCUAAAAUACAAGAAGUUAUUCUUCUUACUGUUGAAGAAACUAGAGUUAUACCAAUAGAUUUAAUCAAAUCGGAAAUUCUGACAAAUGGGACUGAUGCCGUGUCUGAAGAGGUAAAUAACAAAAUGGAUGAAGAACAGACAGGAAUAAAAACAGAAGAUGAAAACGUAGAACAAAAUGAGAAAAAAGACGAAGUUGAAGAAGAAAAAGUCGAAGAAGAAAAAGUCGAAGAAGAAAAUAAACCUGAUGAAGAAUUAAAAGAGGAAAAAAUUGUUGAAAAAGAAAAUGUUGAAGAAAAUGAAGAGAAAAGUGAUGAAGUAGAAGAGUAAAUAUCAAAGUUGGUAAAAUAAUAUUAAAGGAUGGCUCAAAAAUAUAUUUAAUACAUUUUAUAAAAAGAAAAAGCUAUUUAAAAGAUUUAUAUAUCUAGUUGGAUUAAUAAUUUUAUACAAUAUAUUUUUUGAUAAAAUAUCAUAUAGAUUAAAAUUGCAUUAUUAACAUGUAUAAUAUUAUAUAUUUGAUAUUUACAUAUUUUAUACCAAUAUACAUAAUGGCUAAUAGUUUAGCUAGGAUUUUUUUUUUGUUUUUGUUUUAAUGUAUGUGAUUAAAUCAUUUUAUAAUGCAACAAUGUAUAGUUAUUUUAUUAUAUACAAUUUUAAGAUUACUUGUUUAUACUAAAUAAACAAAUAAUUUAAAGUUCAAUCUAUUAAACAUUGAACUUAUUGAAGAAUUCAGCAGAAUAAAAAUGGAUGAGUGUUUACCAACUGAAAAGGCACUGUUUGCCUAGACUCCAUAAAUUGAUGUUUAUUAUUUUUCAAUCAAGAUAAUAUUGAUAAUAAAUUAUCUAUUCCUAAAAGUUGUAAAAUUUAGUUCAAUGAUAUAAAA